AUGGAAACGGGCUGCACCGCCUUAAUCCUGUGCGGCGUCGUCGUGAUAACGUGCACUGCUCUUGUCCCGGAGCAGCCGAGCGCCUGGCCACGGUGGUCCCCGGAGCUCGGCAAGCAGCUCGAGCUCGUCUUUGCGGCCGUCGACCGGAUCGAUGUGGUGAACAGUAACCCCGACGCCACGAAUGACCCUGCGCUGGGAGCCUUGUUGCGGUACAAAACCGUGCGCUGGUACACCGCCGAUCCGAUGCCGAGCGAGUGUACGGACGGCGCCACACUCCUCGGCGACGAGCGGUUGCAGGAACGGAUGCAGUGGCUCUGGAACGACGGUGGCGGGUACCUCAUCUACGGUGACUUGUCGGCCCUGUUGGGCGAGUACGUGUGUCUGUUCGAUCCGGGUGCCACGUACCUGCUGACGAGCCAGAACCGGCACCUGGCGGACGGGAUCGAGCGGCCCCAGUUACUGUGCGCGCUGCGCCUGAUCUGGGCCAAGCGCGGCGCCUUUCGGGUAUUCGUCCACCAGGACGGCGCCAUCUUGACCUACAACCCGUUCGUGCAGUCGCGGGCGAACGACGGCGAUGGUGCGAGUGCUGAUGGGUGCGUCUCGAAUUUCGGUGCCCUGGUGGAGGUCUCGGCCAGCGAGCCGUUGCCGCACGUUCCGUGGAACGACUUCCACGGGUACCCGGUGAAGAUCGAAGUGUUUCGCUCGGUGUACAGCAAUCCGGUGAAGGGUAGCACCGAUUCGUACCGGGGCGCCGACAUUACGGCACGGGACGUGUUCCAGCACCACCUGAACGUUACCGUGAUCCACGUGCCGGCAGACAGCGAUCUGUUCGGUGAUCGACUACCGAACGGUACGUUCACCGGUGCGAUCGGGCGCGUUGUGCGCCACCAGACGGACAUCGUCUUUACUGGGUUCUUUAUCAAGGAUUACUUGGCGCGUGACCUCGCGUUCACGGCCAGCCUCUACUCCGACGCCGUCUGCUGCUUGGUGCGGAAGGCGAGCCGCAUCCCGGAGUACCUGUUGCCGCUGUUCAUCUUUCCGGCCGACAUCUGGGCCAUGCUGUGUCUGCUUGGUGUCUUCUGCUCGCUCACGUGGAUUGCGCUUCGCGCCACCGUCCGCCGUUCGCUGCCGGCGCACGAGCGGCGCUUCUGGUCCCGCCGGUAUCGGUUCGCCGUGUUGUUCAACCUUCCGCGCACCUUGCGCGACGCUUCCCGCCGGCGCCAGGCACUGCAGCUCGUGAUCGACACCUUCAUACUGCUGGUGAGCGCCCCGUACCGGCGUUUCACUCGCGCCGGCACCGAGCGCCUCUUUCUCACCGGCCUCCUGCUCGUCAGCCUGAUCUUCGUGUCGCUCUACCAGUCCGGCCUGGCGGCCGUCUUCGUGCACCCGCUGUACCGCCGCGACAUCGGCUCGCUGGCCCAGCUGGACGACAGUGGCAUGGCGAUACCGGUCAAGUACCGCGGCUUCAUCGACGACGUGUUCCCGGUCAACUACAGCCGGCUGAUGGACUCGCUGCGCGGCCGCAUGGUGCACCUGCAGGUGCAAGAAUCGAUGCUGACGCGGGUCGCCCGCCUCGGUAACAUCGCGACCGUCACACGCAAAACCAGCCUGGCGCUAGACAACGCGGUCUACAUGACGACGCGCCAGCUGCACAUGAUACCGGAGUGCCCGCGGACGUACAAUCUGGCGUACGUGAUGCACCGCCAGUCGGUGUUCGGCGAGUGCUUCAACCGGGUGCUGCUGCGAAUGGUGGGCGGCGGCCUCGUUAGCCACUGGAUCGACCAGAUGCGCUACGAAUGGACGCUGCACAACAGGCGCGUCGUGCAGAACAUGAUGGUGUCCGACUUUAAGGUGCUGACCGUGCUCGAUAUGCAGUUCGCGUUCUACGUCCUGGCGAUCGGGCUCUCGAUCGCCGUCGGCGUCAUCGCUGGCGAGGUCCUCUACUGUCGGGCACUGCAACGUGAGCAUCACCUUCACCACCACCGGCGAAAGUAA